AUGUCCGCAUUCGGCGAAGGAGAUAUGGGAUCUCGUCGUGCAGCACGACAAGUGCGAAUGGAUAUGAGAGAACUUCGUGUUAUUGAAUCGAAACGAUCACAUGCAACGUUUUGGACAAGAAAUCGACGUUUUAUUGCACUGGCUAUUGCUGGCGCUUGCGUGGCUGGUAUGCUGAUUGCUGUUGCUGCUCUAAUUCCAACGAUGGUCAAGAAAGACUCCGAAGCCACAGAUACUACUUUAGAAGUAAGUACGACCACAACAACGGGGGGCAGAGGAACAAAAUCAUCAUGGGCAACAUCAACAACAAUGCAAACCAAGAUCACCAGAUCCAUCACCUCAAUGAGUACUGGCGGCGGCGGCAGUAGCAGCAGCACGACAAAAACAAGAACAACAACGGUGCGAACUAGAACCACGAGAACUACUACGACAAGCAGGAGUGGUGCGAGUACGACUAGUACCACCGACAGCAGCAGCAGCACGACAACAACAACAAAAACAAAAACUAUGCGAACCAAAGCCACCAGAUCUACCACCGUAAGUAGUACUGGGAGCAUAAGUAUUAUGAGUACAACUACAACGCCACCAACAACGUCUAUGACACCUUCGAGUACAGCAUACCAGUGCUGUCCAAGUAACCGUGCUUGUUGUAAAACUACUCAGUCAACGUUUUAUACAAAAGGUGGAAGUACUACCACGACUACUGCUCGUCCCACAAAAGGCCUUACCAGAACUCCAAAAGCAAACAAUGUUUCCAACCGAUCAGCAUACAUCCGAACGCGUCCCCUCACCAUUUGGUGUAAUGACUAUCAUAUCAGUCCAAUAUACGAUAUUAAACAUCAAUUGAAGCUAUUCAACGUUGUGUUUCUCGACAAAAGUCUAUCAGGUGCUUGUCAUGAGACGAAAACGUGUGCUAAGAAUUUGAAAAUCUUACAUCAAGGUAAUGCCAUGAUGCCUACGGAAAAAGUCCGACAAGAAUUUUACGAAGCGUACAAAGAUGACGUCGAAAUGAACCGAGUGGAUAUCUUCAUGUGUUUUCAUCCGGUGGCGAUGUGUGAAUUAUUCAUGCCGUUUAAUCGAACAAUAAUCGUUCUUGCUUCUACUCGCUACGAACUAGGACGAUACAAAAAAGAGGCAUGGAUGAAUUGGAAUAAAAACCUUCAAAUCAUCGCUAAAAAUCAUCGAAAUGUGAUAUCUGCAAAUAAUCUUUAUGAUGCGGAAUACAUUCGUUAUUUUACCGGAAUUAAACCCAUUGUUUUGCCAUCUUUAUGCACUUAUACAAAUGCAUCAUAUCAGCCCAAUAUGCACAAACCAGUUUUAAUCGCACCGAUACAUGGAAAACAAUUUCAUACAGAAUUUCGAUUAAAUUUAAGUAACGCUUUGGAAAAAUUGAAAAUCUCAAUCAAUGUAAGUGACCUACGCGAAGUUUAUAAAGACCGCUACGAAUACUCUCAACUUGUUCAACAUCCAGCCAUCAUUUAUGUACCAUAUCAAGUUUCAUUGAUGAGUUUAUUCGAACAAUACCGAAUGAAUAUUCCCUUAUUUUUCCCGUCACUUGAUCUUCUUGCCGAUUGGCAUUUCGCGUAUCGUGUUGUUCGCGAACGAACUUGGGGCGGGGUCAUCGAAGAUCUUCGUAACUCUUCACUUAUAUCCGGUGUUUUGGACAAGCACCGUCCUGAUCCGAACAACGAAUUCGAUCGAAAUGCUAUCUAUUACUGGUUAAAAUUCUCUGAUUACUAUCAAUGGCCAUAUAUAACCUAUUUCGAUUCUGUUGAUGAUCUCGCUGUGAAACUAAGUCAAACAAACUUGACGGACAUUAGUGAAAAAAUGAGUUUAUAUAAUGCACAUGUAAAACAAGAUUUACAUGAAAAGUGGCGUGGAAUACUUGAGAAAAUAAACUAG